AUGUGGCUCUUUCGUGGCGCUCAGUCCGCAGUCUUCUACUAUGCCUCCUGCACCCCCUGUGCCGAAAAUCAUGAUCGUUGGAAACGUAGACAAGAUGCAUCCCGGGUCCAGCGGGAGAAGGAGAAGGAACGACACAACAACGAAAUCAUCACCGACCAACCCCGUCCAUUCGCACAACCAACACCUUUCAGUACUAAUGUAGGGUGGCGAGAGGAAAUCGCCCUGGGCCCUGGUCCUCCCGUCCGGCGGGGUGGUCACCGCAAUGUUCAACGAACGGACAGUUUCAAUACCGACCGGCGCUCACAACUCAAGAAAGACAAGAGUAGUGGCCUGAUGCACCCGCUUGGUGAGAAAUGGAAAUCAAUGCGGUACCAACGGGAAGACGAGCCACUCUGGGGGCAACAAGAAGUCCGUGGAUCGUCGAUUGGAAUUUCUGGACGUGGUCGUGCAGACCCAAAUGAACCGUCCAAGUACUACACCCCGCGCGUGCCACCUGUGAACGACCUCCACCCACCGAUUGUCAGUGGACCACGUAGCCGGGCCGAAACCAGAUGGAUGCUCCAGCCACCACCAAGUGCCCGAGUGAUGGCUGGCAAGGCAGACGUCAAUUCCGUCACUUCGCCAACUAGUGAGAAUUUCCGGGGAUUUGGGACCAUUCCCCCUGCCUCCAAGAGCGCAGCCAGGGAGAACGACACUGGAAGAAUCAGCGAGGAGAGUGGCGACGAGGCUUUUGAUGACACCACUCAGAACCAUCGAACUCAUCGGCCAUCGCUGACUCGACUCAGUAUCGACUCCGAUGGUCCAGGCCUAGAACCACACUCUCGAAGUGAUUCUAUGUUCUCUACCACCAACUCGGAUGAUUCCCCGAGUCUGGAAUGGAAAUACCCCGACACCCCCGCAUCCCGCCCUCAAUCGAAAGCUACAGAUGACGAUGACAAGUUCUACCGUCCACACCUCUCGAAGGCUCUCUCCACAAUGCACAGGGACGACAAGAAGGUCCACAUGCUACACCUAGAGAUCAGCGAUGAUAAUCGCGAUGAGAUUGGCCUGGGUCAAUUACAGGCUACCCGUCCAUGGCGUUGGAGCAUGGAUAUCUAA